UCUUUCGCUUCGCACACGCGCACAACAGUCGCGGACUCCUCGAGAAGCAAAGCGCGCCGUCCAGCCGCCAUAACCCCCAUCACCGGCGGCGUCCUCACCAGGCCAUCGCCUCAAUGUUCCGACGCGCCGCCGCCGCCCCCGCCCGGAUCCGAGAUGCCGAGCCCUUCCUCCGCCCGCCGCCCUACCACCACUGGCUAUGGGCGAUGACCGUUGGCCGCACCACCGUUGCCCCUCUAACCUGGUACCUGGGUUGACCAACCCAGUGACCCGCCAUGACCUCCAUCUUCGCUGCAGCUACAGCCAGCAUAUGCCUCCUUCGCUCUGGCCUACAAGCCGAUGACCUGAUCAAGAAUGGGCAAGUGCAAGCCAUCAUAUGGGGCCCUGAGGUACUGACCAAAGCCAAUCACGCCACACACCUGCGCCGCCACCGCAACCACAUUCCGGUUAUCUCCUUCUCUAGCAUUAUUUCCCCCGCAUCGUGUGCCUUCUGGCUGGAAGAUCCUGUAACAGUUCCUGGAGGCUAUGCUAAGUUUGGCUUUACACUUGGAAGUGACAGCAUAACCUUUCCUAAUCCAGAAACCGAUAGACAAUACAGAAGAAAACUAGAUGCACGAAAAUCAAGUAAGAGUUGCAGAAGCAAGGCAGGGCUGAAUAUAGCUGUGCCGCUGAAACUAGGCUUUCAAGUUUUUGUGAAUGUUACUGAUCCUUAUUCCGAGAAACAAAAUGUCACUGGCUACAGCAUUGAUAUCUUCGAGGCUGCUAUCAGGAAUUUACGUCCUCUCCCGUGCUAUGAAUAUUUUGUCUUCAAUGGUACUUAUGAUGAGCUAGUAGGCAACGUGUCUUUGGGGGUCUAUGAUGGUGCAGUAGGGGAUGUGACCAUAACGGCUGAACGAGUCACCACCACCGACUUUACAAUGCCAUACACACAGUCUGGUGUGUCUAUGCUUGUGCUUGCCGAGGAUGAACCGGAUACAAUCCGCUGGACAUUUGUAAAGCCACUAACUCGGAAGCUCUGGUUGGCAACCAUGGUCUUCUUCUUCUAUACUGGCUUUGUCGUGUGGAUGAUUGAACUACCUAGAAAUCAGGAGUACCAAGGAUCAAGUUUGAGACAGUGUAGCACCGCCCUCUACUUUGUUUUCUCCACUUUGACAUUUUCUCAUGGUCAUACUAUUAAAAGCCCCUUGUCAAAAAUUGUUGUGGUGAUAUGGUGCUUUGUAGUGCUGAUUCUUGUCCAGAGCUACACAGCAAGCCUGUCAUCCAUUCUGACUGCAAAAAGACUCCGUCCUUGGAUGACAGAUUUUGACCAGCUCCGGCACAGUGGUGACUUUGUAGGAUACCAAGAUGAUUCAUUUGUGCGGUCGUUCUUGAUGAAUCAUAACAUCAGUGAAAGCAGGUUAAAGAACUACACCACGAAAGAAGAAUAUGCUGAUGCUUUGUGGAAGGGGUCCAAUAAUGGAGGGGUGUCGGCUAUCAUUGAUGAGAUCCCCUAUUUGACUUCUUUCCUCUCAGACCGUCGGUAUGGAAAUGAUUUUAGGAUGCUCGGGUGCAUUUACAAGACUCCUGGAUUUGGUUUUGCAUUUAAUCUAGGUUCUCCGCUAGUUCAUAAUCUUUCGACUGCCAUCCUGAACCUAGCAGGAGGGGAUGAGGGAUCACGAAUCGAAGUGAAAUGGUUUGGCACAACUUCAUCGCCGAUAGGUGCUGGCACAAUCCCAGACACUGAUUCCGCGCCUCUCACUUUAGAAAGUUUCUCCGGUCUCUUCGUCAUCACGGGAUCCAUUUCAACUCUCAUGCUGCUGAUAAGCAUUAUGAGGUUGAUUUAUGCCAAAUGCAUUGAGUUGAGAAAGGCUGAUGUGGAAAGUGUCAGCUACAGUGGCACUGACGAUGAGUCCCGCCUGUUGCAGAAUGGCAUAGGUGGCAACCCCAGCCCUGAUCAACAACCAUUACAUGAAGCUGGCAAUAAUCAUUCCGGGGGUGUCCAUAUGAGUGGCGAAAAUGCUGGGGACACAGAGCCUGACCCAGUGCAGCAGAAUGGCUCUGUCCCUGCAGGACACAUUCAGAUUGAGAUGCGCAAUAUCUAAGGUAAAGGGAAGCGCCAGAUGCUAUCAGUACUUCUCUUGUCAUUUAAGUGAUGCUGCAUUCCGUACCUAUAUAGGACAAGUUUUUUUCUCUCUUCCACUCUCUCUUGGAAAGAAGAGGUAGAUGCUCCUUGUGCAUAUUCUCUUUAGACGGAUACUUGUGUUUUGAAAGUAGUACCAAUGUACUAUAAGUUCUGUAAUUUCAUUUGUACAUAGAUGGUGAUGAGACAGGCAUAGUCCUCAACAUUUGUAAAUAACAAUAUAAUGGUACUAUUUGCAUUUUACAACCCUGGAUGUUUGAAAUUGGAGAAGUUCAUGCUUUCUAGAAUGUUGCCUAUAAUCCGAAUGGAGGCAGUGUCACAUAUGUAGUGUAUGCC